AUGGCUUCAUUUGCGGCACAAAACUCGCCUCUACUAAAGUCUAUGACAUUGCUACCACCGUCAGCGAUAGCAUCGUCUGGUGAGGAAUUGGAUUCCGUGCUGCUGAGAGCUUCUCAAAGCACAAGUUCUCUCCGUCAGCAGCACAAUUUCACAAAAAACGCCACAGAACGCAAAAGCUUUUCGCUAUCGUCAUUUGCACUCGACGCACCAACGACACUGCCACUGGAAGAGGCUCAAAAGAUGUUUGAGCAGUACAGCAAAAUAAUUCGGUUAAACGUCGACACGCGAAAGAAUAUGGGGAUCCUGUACACACGUCGAUCGACCCUCUUGGCAGCGAUGGGCAACUUUUCUGCAGCGUUGCAAGACGCAGAACAGGCAGUGCUAUUGGAUCCAAAGUCGACGGUCGGAUACUAUCGCAAGGGCUGUGCACUUUGUGGGCUUAAUCGCUUCGCAGAGGCAAGCAGAGCCUUUCAACAAGGACUCGCUUUCGAUGUCAACUGUCGAUAUUUGCACCAUGGCCUCCAACUAGCACUUAAUCAUUCGCGGCACAAUUACUACAUGUAG